AUGCACUUCUCCUCCGUCCUUCCCACCCACUGGUCCUUGGUGAUCUUCACCUCCCCAAACAACUUUACCGUUCCCCAAUCGCCAGCCUUCCGCAACCUCUUGUCCUCCAGACGACUAGACAUUCGCUUCCUGCCCAAGAAUGUCACCUUUACCAAUAGCGUCUCGGUCUCCAGGUUUCUCGCGUCUUCCAACGGCUGGUUGUGGAACGAGCUGGCUGAUGCCGAGCGAGUCUUGUUCUUCCAGCUCGACAGCAUCAUCUGCGCCAACUCGAUCGCCACCAUUGACGACUUUGUGAAGUGGGAUUAUGUAGGGGCGCCGAUUAAUAGCACGUAUGGUGAAGGGUACAAUGGGGGGUUGUCAAUCAGAAACCCGAGGUUGUUUUUGGAGGUGGUGAGGGCAGGGAAUUACACCAGGGGGUUUGAGGAUCAGUGGUUUUAUAAGAAGUUGAAGGAGAGGAGGGCACAGGGGGAUUAUAGGGUUAGGUUGCCGGGGGUGGAGGAGGCGAAGAGGUUUGCGGUUGAGACGCUUUGGGGGGAUAGGCCGCUGGGGUAUCACCAGCCGCAGAGGUGGUGGAAGGGGAAGGCUGGGGAGAGGAUGGGGGAGAUUGAGGAGUGGUGUCCUGAGGUUGGGAUGCUGAUUGGGAGGAGGGCGAAGUAA